UCCAUCUGCAAGCAAGAGGCCGGCCCACGCGUUCCACGUUUCGUACGUGAUACUACAUUCCGGUCGUCGCGCGCACAGCACGUCCGACGAAGCUGAGAUCGAUGAGGCCCGACGCCGGCGCCGCGGGGAGCAUGGCGUCCAUGGAGUGGGAGCCGAAGGCGCUCUCCCUCCACGAGCUCAAGUACGCGAGGGAGGCGGCGCUGUACGUCCUGAGAACGCACUCCUCGGAGGACGCCGACCGGAUCUUCACCGAGGGCCUCAAGCCGGUGCUGGGCGUCAGGAGGGACUCCAUGGCGGACUCCGACGAGGAGGAUGACCAGGGUGACGAGGACUACGACAUGUUCAAUCCCUACGCGUUUCUUGACGAUGACGGUGUCUGCUGCCACCAGUACGGACGCACCGCCGAGGAACGGGAUGUUGCUACCGCACCUUUCUAAUUAGCUUUACACAACACCUAUUGACUAGCUUAGAUCACCUGUAAAUAUAUAUAAUUUUUUUGAUAGUAUGGAUACAAUUUUUUGA